GCUCCCGCGCCUCCGCCCGCCCCUCCCGCGCCCGCGGCGAUCCAGGCCGGGUUUUGCAGCAGAGCCCCCGCGUGCAGGCGCUGCAUCUGUAGCCCUGGGCAGCGGUCGGUGGGGGAGACCAUGGUGCUGGACGUGCUGUGGACCGAGCUCUCCGGCGCCUCUGGGACAGCCCUGGUUUGCUGUUUGGUGGCGGCGGCCGUGGUCCUGCGCUGGUCCGGGCGCCGGACGGCUCGGGGCGCGGUGGCUCGGGCGCGACGGAGGCAGCAGGCGGCCCUGGACACCAUGGACAAGGCGGCGCAGCGCUUCCGGCUUCAGAAUCCAGACCUGGACUCAGAGGCACUGCUGGCCCUGCCCCUGCCUCAGCUAGUACAGAAAUUACACAGCGGAGAGCUAUCUCCUGAGGCUGCACUAUUCACCUAUGUGGGCAAGGCCUGGGAAGUGAACAAAGGGACUAACUGUGUGACCACCUACCUGGCAGACUGUGAAACUCAGCUGUCACAGGCCCCAAGGAAGGGUCUGCUCUACGGUGUCCCCGUGAGCCUCAAGGAGUGCUUCAGCUACAAGGGCCAGGACUCAACGCUGGGCUUGAGCAUCAAUGAGGGAAUACCGGCAAAAUGUGACAGCGUGGUGGUGCAGGUGCUGAAGUUGCAGGGUGCCGUGCCCUUCGUGCACACCAACGUCCCCCAGUCCAUGCUCAGCUUUGAUUGUAGUAACCCCCUGUUUGGCCGGACCCUGAACCCUUGGAGGUCCUCCAAGAGCCCAGGUGGCUCCUCUGGAGGUGAAGGAGCGCUCAUCGGAGCUGGAGGCUCCCCGCUUGGCCUGGGCACAGACAUCGGAGGCAGUAUCCGCUUUCCUUCCUCCUUCUGUGGCAUCUGUGGCCUCAAGCCCACAGGGAACCGCCUCAGUAAGAGUGGCCUGAAGGGCUGUGUCUACGGACAGGUGGCAGUUCAGCUCUCAGUCGGCCCUAUGGCCCGAGAUGUGGAGAGCCUGGCGCUGUGCAUGAGAGCUCUGCUAUGUGAAGACAUGUUCCGCUUGGACCCCUCUGUGCCCCCUUUGCCUUUCAAGGAGGAGGUCUACCGAAGCUCUCAGCCCCUGCGUGUGGGCUAUUAUGAGACUGACAAGUACACUAUGCCCACCCCAGCCAUGAAGCGGGCUGUGCUGGAGACCAAGAAGAGUCUUGAGGCCGCUGGCCAUACGCUGAUACCCUUCCUGCCAAACAAUAUACCCUUUGCUCUGGAGACCCUAUCACCAAGUGGGCUAUUCAGUGAUGGUGGCUACAGCUUCCUACAGAACUUCAAAGGUGACUUUGUGGACCCCUGUUUGGGGGAACUGAUCUUAAUUUUGAAGCUGCCCAACUGGCUUAAAGGACUGCUAAGUUUCCUGUUAAGGCCUGUGCUCCCACGGAUGGCAGCCUUUCUCCGAAACAUGAAGUCUCGGUCGGCUGGAAAGCUUUGGGAACUGCAUCAUGAGUUUGAGGAGUACCGCAACUCUGUCAUUGCCCAGUGGAAAGCACUGGACCUGGAUGUGUUGCUCACCCCCAUGCUGGGCCCUGCUCCCAACCUGAAUGCCCCAGGCAGGGCCACAGGUGCUGUCAGCUACACUCUGCUUUUCAACUGCCUGGAUUUCCCCGCCGGGGUGGUGCCCGUCACCACUGUGACCAAGGAGGAUGAGGCCCAGAUGGACCAGUACCAGGGCUACUUUGGGGAUAUCUGGGACAAGAUAUGGAAGGAGGCCGUGAAGGGGAGCGUGGGGCUGCCUGUGGCCGUGCAGUGUGUGGCUCUGCCCUGGCAGGAAGAGUUGUGUCUGCGGUUCAUGCGGGAGGUAGAGCACCUGAUGACCCCUGAAAAGAGACCAUCCUGAUUGCCUGACUGCCCAUCUGCCUGCUGGUCCCAGAGGACCCACCACUCACUUCACCACAGCCAGGGCACUGCUGCUGUUGCUCUUGGAGGAGACGUUCAACCUGGGACAGAGCUUCUUGUCUCCCCUCCCCAUACUCUCUACAAGGAGUAGAGACCCCUUGAGUCUGGACCUUUCUCCCCACUCUGGUUCCCUCUCUCUGCAUUGACCUCCCCCACCCCUACCCCCAUGGGGAAGUUAGUGGAUGUGACAUGGGCAAAGGGCCACUAACACGGAAGAAACAGUU